UAUGGAGGAGCCGGUCGAACGGACCGCCAAAACAGCCAAAGGUCUCUAUGGCUGCAGGGAUGAGCCUGUCGUCGGGCGAAUGAUCGGCGUACUUGGACCAUGAGACGAACCCGCGAGCGGCACGCGUACUCCUUGGGCAGCUCAGCUGGCAUGAAUGGCUGGCAUGUAGCAUGCAGCCUGCAGGGAUGCUAGAGUCAGACUCUGAGCUUUCAAAAGGUCCAUCCAGCAGCACUGGACAGGGCGGAAAAUCCUGAACAUUGGUGUUGCCAAGGUUCCUUGAUACAGAAGUAUUCGCUCGCAGAGCUUAAAAAAGACAGACAAGGGCAGGGGCAAGGAUGGGCUCCCCUCCGCGCCCCCUGCUCACGCUAACCCUGCUCGCUUUGUUGCUUACCCCGGCACUUGCGCUCGACUGGCCGUUUGAAGACUUGUGGCCACGCCACCACAAAAAGGCACAGAUUGAUGGCAAGAUCAAAACCAUCGUGUUGCUGGUUAUGGAGAACCGCUCCUUUGACCACAUGGUCGGCUGGCUGAAGCGGCUUAACCCAGAAAUUGACGGCCUAACUGGGGAGGAAAGUAACCCUGAGAGGGCAAGGGAUCCAAACUCUCCCCGGGUGUUUGUGUCGGAUGAUGCGGAGUACGUGGAUCCGGACCCGGGCCAUAGCUUCCAGGCAAUCCAGGAGGAGGUUUUUGGGGGCAUGGACGCAGAUUUGAAAAAGCAGGACCCGCCCCCCAUGAACGGCUUCGUCCAGAACGCCAACAACAUGUUCACCGGCUUCGGGCGCCGCGUCAUGAGCGCCUUCCGGCCCGAAGUCGUCUCCUCGCUGACGUCACUCGCCAUGGAGUUCGCGCUCUUUGACAGGUGGUUUGCGGCGGUGCCGUCCUCGACACAGCCCAAUCGGCUCUACAUCCACUCGGCGACCUCACAUGGCGCCACGUGGAAUGAUAAGAAGGAGUUGACCCACGGCUUCCCCCAGAAGACCAUCUUCGACUCUAUCGAAGAAUCCGGUCUCUCUUUCGGCGUCUACUUCGCCAACCUGCCAUCGACGCUCUUCUUCCGGAACCUGCGCACCGUGCGCCGCGCGUUCAACUUCCAUGCGUUCGACCUCUUUUUCAACCACGCGAAAAGGGGGGUCCUGCCGAAUUACGUCAUCCUGGAGCCGCGGUAUUUUGACCUUCCGGAUUUCCCGGCGAACGACGACCACCCGAGCCAUGACGUGGCGGAAGGGCAGAAAAUGCUCAAGAAAGUUUACGAGGCGUUGCGCGCAAGUCCUCAGUGGGACGAGUCCCUGCUGCUCGUAACGUACGAUGAGCACGGCGGGUUUUUCGACCACGUCCCGACCCCGGUAACCGGAAUCCCUAACCCGGACGGAAUAACCGGGCCGCCGCCCUUUAACUUUGGGUUUGACCGGCUCGGGGUGCGGGUUGCCACGCUGGCAAUCUCGCCGUGGGUCGAGAAAGGCACUGUUGUGCAUGAGCCCCGACUGAAGCCCAGUCCGAGCAGCCAGUUCGAGCACUCAUCAAUUCCGGCGACCGUCAAGAAACUGUUCAACCUCUCCUCCGACUUCCUGACGAAGCGCGACGCUUGGGCGGCGACGUUCGAGGACUUAUUCACACUGCGGGACACGCCCAGGACGGACUGCCCGAUGACGCUUCCCGACCCCCCAAAGGCGCUCCGUCACAGUGCCCCCACUGGGAAUGGCCCCCUGAGCGAGUGGCAAGAGGAGCUGGUUCAAUUGGCCGCACAGCUGACGGAGGAUCCCGUAUACUUGUACGGCAUGUUCGGGCAGCCUCCGAUGAACGUGAAGCAGGCAGCGGCGUAUGUAGAGUCUCAGGUGCUCACAUUCUUGGAAAAGCAGCGGGUGCAGCUUUCGGAGCUUGAAGCUUUUGGGAGCGACGUCACACCUCGAGUUGAGGCUGUUGGUAAGAGGCCUGACCAAGUCGUUCGAUCACGUUGAUCAAUUAUUGGAUUCCGUAGUUGUACAGAACAUCUGCUUGUAAAUAGGAUGCGGCGUUGCAGAGUGCCUGUAUUGCCGCGUGAGGUACAUAGAGCGGUGAUGGCGAAACUUGAAAAAGACCGAUUUGAUUGCUCAAGUUUUGAGCUUUGUAUCAUAGUCGAGUAUGUGGUCUACAAAUCCAGGACAGUACAGAGUACUCAUCACGAAGAAGCAGGGGAGUCAGCCCAGCGGGCAAUACGUUUCGUGGUUACGCAACAAGAGUCUAUCAUAUAAGCACUGAGCAUCGCAGCGGGCUUGUUCACAAUAGGGCGGUUGCAAGCGACCACCUGUGAACAAAUUGGGUGCCUCCAUGAUGCGGGUGCGUAUGUGUCGCAUGCAUAACGAACCAUGCCUAAUUCUACUUGUAACUUUCAGGUAAGUUAGAUUGUAUGCAAGUGGGCAACUGAUUGAUGGAACCCAAAUGAGACGUAAGGCUGACCUGCAAUCUUUGAAGACUAGAGGCUCUUUGAGGUGAUUCCCCUAAGCUGUACUUGGACAAUGAACCAUUGUAGGUGCACAUUUUGAGCGGUUGUCCCAAUGUCCAGCCCCUUGUCAGUCUAUCGCAGUCGCCUUCGUCAGGGGUUCCACCAAACAAUGCACACCUGUACGUACAUUGACUGUUGAGAGUUUGAGGCGGCC